CUUAGUCAUUUCCCCUCCCCCUGACUUCGAAGCAAGCUGUUGUUUUUUAAAAAAUUUUAGAUAACAUCCUGCCCACCUUUAUUCUUUCAAGCUACGAAAUAAGGAGAAAGACUUUUUCUUUCCCUGAUCGGAGACCAUUCUCCAAAUUGAAGGGCAGCCAGCAGCAUAUGUUUUUUUUUUUGUAAGAAUAAUUGAAAACAUCAACUAGACAGCUCAGAAUUCUUUUGAAAGUCUGCCAGUUAUUUGAAACAAAUUCAGCAAAGGAACAAAAUACAACAUUUGAUAUCUUAACCUUUACAGUUUGCCUUCUUAAGAGUUGGUCUCUAAUUUGAUUUUUAGUUCUUGUGAUAAAAACCUUGAUUUCAUAAGUUACUUUUUUUGGUUUGACUUGUUCAGAUUCGACUCAAAUAAAAACCUAAGUGCUAACAAGUAGACUGCACCAAAGCAACCUGUUCUCGCUUUCACAUUUAGCUCAAGUUCAUUUUGAUUCCUUUACCAAUCCAUAGUCAUACUGUCCCAAAGAGGGUACACUGAAUUGUAAUUUUGCUUUCAAUAUGACGGCUGUCAAUGUUGCCCUGAUCCGUGAUACCAAGUGGCUGACUUUAGAAGUCUGUAGAGAAUUUCAGAGAGGAACUUGCUCUCGAGCUGAAACUGAGUGCAGGUUUGCCCAUCCGUCAAGAGUUUGCCACGUGGAAAAUGGCCGUGUGGUGGCUUGUUUUGAUUCUCUAAAGGGUCGUUGCACUCGAGAGAACUGCAAGUACCUUCACCCUCCUCCACACUUAAAAACACAGCUAGAAAUUAAUGGAAGAAACAAUCUGAUUCAACAGAAGACAGCCGCCGCCAUGUUUGCCCAACAGAUGCAGCUCAUGCUCCAAAAUGCUCAAAUGUCAUCCCUUACUUCUUUUCCUAUGAAUCCAUCACUUGCAGCUAAUCCAUCGAUGGCUAUCAAUCCUUACAUACCUCAUCCUGGAAUGAGCCUGAUUCCUGCUGAACUGUUACCAAAUACACCUGUUCUGAUUUCUGGAAAUCCAGCUCUUGCAUUGUCAGGAGUUACUGCCCACAAACCAAUACGUUCAGAUAAAUUGGAGGUUUGCCGUGAGUUUCAGCGUGGAAAUUGUACUCGUGGGGAGAGUGAGUGCCGCUAUGCACACCCUACAGAUGCUUCCAUGAUUGAAGUGACUGAUAACACUGUGACGAUCUGCAUGGAUUACAUUAAAGGUCGAUGCUCCCGUGAGAAGUGCAAGUACUUUCAUCCUCCUCCACACUUGCAAGCCAGACUUAAGGCAGCUCACUACCAGAUGAACCAUUCUGCUGCCAAUGCAAUGGCCCUACAGAAUGGUACACUUCAAAUGAUGCCAAAAAGAUCGGGCCUUGAGAAGAACAAUGGUGUCACUCCGGUGUUUACUCCCAAUGUUUAUCACUGCCAGCAGACUCUGACUAACAUGCAUUUCCCUCAGCAGGCAUUUAUCCCCACAGGGCCAAUACUGUGCAUGGCACCCGCUUCAAGUUUUGUGCCCAUGAUGCACGGUGCUACACCUACCACUGUGUCUGCAGCAACAACAUCUGCCACCAGCGUGCCCUACGUUGCAACAACUACAGGCAAUCAGAUGCCCCAAUUAUCACUAGAUGAACUGAAUAGCAGCAUGUUUGUUUCACAGAUGUAGAAGUUACCAGUAGAACAUUGAAGUUCUGAACAGCAGAGUUAUGGAGUAUCGGAAUCUUUCCAUGAGAACAUCCAUAUGGCCUUUCUAUAUAUAUUCUCAUGUGUCUUCUUCCACCAACACAACAAUAAACAUGGUGCAGUCAAUAUAUUAAACAAAGCAUAUCAGCCAGCCAAAAAAAAACAUAUAAAAAUAAAGCGUCAAGAAUCAAUGGAGAUGUUAAAAGAAAAUACCAAUACAAAACCAGUAACUAUGAAUUCUCUGAUAUGAAUUAGCUAUCAUAUUUGAAUUAGCAGAUAGAAUACAGCCCUAACAUUCUGUGAUUUUCCAAUUACCAUUAUGCUAAGUGAAUUUCCACAGUGGGCUUACUAUGUGCAUUCAUGAUGGAUGUCUGUUUUUGAAGUGUUAUCUUACUAUUUUGUUUACAGGAUAGUUUAUUGGGUUGAUCUAGAAAUAACAAAUAUUCAGUAUCAUUUUCUUUAUUAUUACAUUGUAUUGUCUUGGAAUGUGUUUAGUUGUUGCAUACCAUAGUGUUUUGCUGUAUAUUGUGGUGUUUGAGUUCAACUAAAAUGUUACUAGUAAAGAACAGAAGUGUGUGUAGUUGUAAAACAUGGCAGGUUCAUGUUAAUAUGCUUUAUUUAGAAUAUUUCUGUAGGUUUCUUGGGACAUAGAUUUAAAGGGCUUCAUUUUGAGUGUGCAUAAACAUUUGUGUGCAUAAUUGUACUCUCUGAUCUAACUUUGCUGAUUUCCAUAAAUUGACUAAAUUUUUGGCAAGGGAAAAAUAAUUACCUAUAAAAAGUAGGAAGCUUAUUAAAACAUUAAACCUCUAAUCACUCCUUAAAUAACUUGAAAAUAGAAUAUACACUUUUUAUGAAUUUCUCCCCAUUUGUACUAAAAAAUUAUGUACUCAUUACCUUUUUUUGUAUCCCAAGAAUCCUAUUUCCUAAGUUGAGUGUCUAAAAGCAAGCCAUUUGUCAUCUUCAGCUGAGAAAUUGGCAGUUGAUGGCUUAAAGGUAUGCUAAUUGCAGGUUAAAAAAUCAAACAAAGAGAUGGGGGCAUGGGGAUAGUUUUUACAUACUGGCAGAAGGUGUGUAAAACCAUUGCAAAGUAACCUUCUGAGCAAGUGACAUUUUCCAAAUGUGAAUGGCUCAUGCUCUUUAGAAUACUCUUUGAAUAAUAAGUAAGAUGCAAUCUAGCAAAAGUCAGUCCAGGUGAAAGAGAAUUGGUUCCAAAUGAGGCCCUUCGUCUCCAAAUGGCCAAUCUUCUCUAUUGAUCACUGAGGGAGUCUGAGCACAGGUUUGAGAAAUGGUAGGGUCAAGGGGCCAGGGAGGCAUUUAAAAUUGCUCUUUGAAUGAUGAAAAAGAACUAGAAGAAAUUUCUGCAGUUGUCCUUAGCAUUAGUUUUUCUGAGUUUCCAAUUUUGUUAAACACAUCAGUGAAAGAGCAAGUGCCUGUGAUUCAUGGCAAGCGUGUCCCUGCCCACACUUGAACAUCUGCAGACUUCUUUCUAAAAGCUUCAUAGUUUUUGCUUGGAUUCAUUAUUCUUUAUAUGAGUUUCACCACCAAGGUGAGAUGAAUUCUUAUUACUAAUUCUUAUGACAUAAUUAUACCUGUGUCAAACAGCAAUCAAUUUCUGUAGCAUAUAGCCUACCUCCUCCAGUCUACUCAGUUAUUAAAAUUAUUAUUAUUAUUAUUAUUACAGUGGUGGGAUGAUGCAGUUUGCACCAACUUAGAUCAAUGUAAUAUGUUCUUCUAAAUGUAUAUUCUCCCACUGAAAAGUAUACAAUCAUCAAAAUUGAAAUUAAUAGAUAUAUAUGUAUGCCUACAUAUGCACAUAUAUGAAGAGUUGAUUUUCUUAUUCAAAAAAUGACAAGAGAAAAUCUUUAGGAUACUGUCAGCUAGUAGGUUUAAAUUUAUGAACAGUGGUGUUGACAAAGAUUUUUCACUGAUAAAACUGAGACCUAGAAAGUUCCACAACCAUUGGGAGACCUUGUUGCGCUGUAGAACAUAGAGCAGUCUGGCUUAGAAUACAAAAGAGCAGAAUCCCCCCGGUGGUUGGAAUCCUACUGAUCUUAACGAUCAAUGCAAACCUUGCUCUAUCAAUGGUUUGUAAACAGUCUUGCUUGUAUUGAGUCACACUGUCUGUCCUCUGUUGGUUAACAGUGUUUCCUGGAAUUCAGGACUUUCCUUUUUCCCUGUAGACUCCUUGAACCACUUCCUUUCUGUUUGCUAGAAUCUUAAUAUUUCUAGAGAAGCAGCGUAUGCCUUUUAAAAAAAUGCCUUGUGUAUGGAACUGAGUUUUGCAUAAUCUGUGCCUGGGCCUCUCCCGAAGGGCAGAUUUGAACACAUGAGUCCAGGAGGGAUUUACCUGAGCUAGUCUGGAUCCAUUUCUUACUGGAGAUGGGGAUGGUGUUUUGGUGCAAAAUGAAUUUUUGCAUAGUUUGACAUUUUGAAGCAACAUACUAUCUCAUUUAACUUUUUAAUCUUUUGGCAAAGAUAUAGAUAGAUGAUAAACCUAGAGUAUACCUUAGUGCUUUAAGCACUGGAAGACAUUAAUAAUGACUUAUUUUUAAGAAGAGAUUUAGUGAGGGGCAUUCAGGGUAGUUGGAUUUUCGGUGCCAUGAUUUUAUAGAUUGUUGGCAUAUUGAAAGUUGCUGUGCAAAUGAAUAUAAAGAAAGCAAGCUCAAAGCCCUAAAGUUUUGAUCAAAUUCAAGAGUUUUGAGGAAAAUGUUAUUCUAAGAUAGCACUCUUUAAGCUAGUUGUGCAAUGACUUAUUCAAAUCACCUUUAUUCAAGAAAAGACAAGACCAAUAAGUAAGUCAUUAGACUAUAAAAUUCCAGUUAAAAAACAAGUCACAAAACUAAUCAGUGACUCUAAAUGAAAAUAUACCUAAUGAACUGUAAAUAUUAAAAUUCUAAUCAUUUGUGAUUUUUACUUAAUAUUUUAUAAGCUUUGUAUUUUACAAGGUCCUCUAUUUUUAGUUAUCCCAAAUUAUUGUGUUUGUCCAUUUAUCUCAGCAUUUUGCAAAAAAGAAUAUGCAAGUGUUGAACUAUGGACUAAGCAGUCAUAUAUACAGGGAAAAAAAACUGAGAGAUAUCUUUUAAGAAGGUUUUAGUAGUUUCAAUGUUUUACAAAAACACUAUGUAACCACAACAUGAGUAUAUUUUAAAGAGGGACUGAAUUUGAAAUAAAUGGAUUCAUAAAAUUUCUAUUUAAAUACAGUAUUUACUUUUGCAGUUGGAACAUGAUUCCAAAACCAGCUGUUGCAUUUCAUUUCACUUUGCUAGAUUAUUCUUUAAUUGGCAGUUAAUCAUGAAAUCUAUCUUCUCUGUCCUCCAUCUAUCUUCAUCUGUUUCUGAACAUGCCAUUAAGUGUUGCCCUGUAUCACUAGACUGUGUCCACUAAUGGAAGACCUCAGUUUACCUAUUCUCUGGUUUGAGAAAAAGUCAGCACCACGUCUCCUGCUAUCAGCAGGAACCAAAUGAAAUUAAUUUUUACAGCUAGAAUUAAUUUUUCACAUCAUGACCAGUAAGCAAAGUGGUGUUUGAAUAAGAAACAAAGUUUACAUUACAUUUGAUGAAUUAAGAGAGAAAGUGCAAGUACUAUUUGGAAUGCUGUUUGGAUCUUUUCCUCCCUCUUGGGAGCAUGUCCAUAAUGAUGUUUUUAGGUAAAGCUCAGAUAGACUUUCUGAGAGCUUAUGGGGUAGGCUGUGGUGUACACAAUCAUUACUACAUUCUCCUUUUUCUCAUACAUUUCAUAUACAAUGAAACAAAAAAUAAAAUUAGGAGGGAAAUCUGAUUUCCCAUUUCUAAUGAAUAGAUACCAUAAGAUAGUGGAUCAGUGCCUAUUGAAGGUCAUAGAAUAUAUAGUAUAUAGAAGAGUAUAGCCACUUUUCCCCCUGAAAGUUAGUUGAUAGCCGAAUCAAACUAUAAAUAUUAUGACAUGUAAACUCUGAGCACCAACUUAUUAUCUGAUGUUGUGUGUUCCUUUUUCUUAUUGUUAGUUUUUAAGGUUUUGUUUUAUUAUUUUUAUAUUGCUAAGUAACCAAUGGAUUUAAGUUUGAAGAAGUGUUAGAGAAAUCUUACAUUUUAGUACAUGUAUUCAGAUCAUUUAGACACUAACGCAUGCAAGAUGUAGGUUAUAGUUAAUAACUACUAUUGGAAACUCACAGUUUAAGAACACAUUUAAUGUUAUACAAAUAAUACUUGUCAAUGAAUUAUAUUUAGCUGUUGCUUUGGCAACAAAACCACAACAUGGCUACCUUUAGACAUUUGUGUGUCUGUGUGAAACUUUUAUCUGUAAACUAUAUGUGUGGUUUGUGACAGUAUGAACCUGUAGAAGAUACAGCUCAAAACUCAGAAAACAGAUAUGGUGAUUUUUUUUUAAAAAGAGUUUUAGGUCCCCUGUGAAAGCUAAAUUUGUGUCCUCCUGUGACUUUUUGGUCAAAAAUUUUAUAGUGUACGGAUUCUAGAGUCAGGCCUUAUAGUUUAUAGAAUCUGUUGUAUAAACAGGGUUAUUCCACAGUAUUUUGAACUCAAACAUACCCAUAGCAUAGAUAAAAUAUUACCUGACCCUUUUCUUAUAACUUUGUUCAAAAUUACCUAUUCAUAUGGCAUAUGUGUAGUUGUAAAAAAAAGUAUUUUGUAGAAUUACAUCCAAAAAUAUAUGUAAGGAUCAAAGGAUGAUAAAAACAUUGUAAAAUGAUCUCAUAUUUGUGAAACCAUAAGUAAGGAUACUGUGGAUUAACCCCUUAACAGUGUUUAUGAGACAUAUGCUGCAGUUACCUGAUUGUCUCAGUUAGGGUGCGAAUGUGUGAGACACACCUUUUUUGCACUUAUGUACAUAGUCCAUGAAAGCAAUCCUUGGAGCUUGUUUUUAAACAUAAGAACUCUGUGAUAAUAGUGGAAAAGUAAGUGAGAGAGUGCUUUCUAAGGCUUAGAAAAGGAGGCAAUUUUCCUCUAAGACUUAGCAAAAGCAAGGAGUUGCAUUGCUAUUGUGGAGGCCUUCCUCUUGGCUACAGCUAACCAAAAGGAAGUUUGGGAACAGCAUCGCGUUACAACAUGGAACCAGAGAAGAAGUAUGUCUUUUAGCAAGAUCAGUAGCAAAGACUGAUUGCUUUAGAAAAUUAAUCCCCACUAUAAGCAUGCAUCCAACACACACACACACACACACACACACACACAGACACACACACACAGACACACACACACGGUAGGUUUUGGCAAAGGUUUUGUAUCAAUGAUUCUAAGCUAGUGAAAUACCAUUUAAAUUGUGAGAUGUUCUCAUUAAAGUCAAUCACAUUUCCCCCUUCAAUAAAACAUAUUGCUCUAUGCAUCAGCUUAUCAUGGCAAUCAGUUAGCAUGUAUUUAAGUGGCAAAUGGUUUGUGCUGAUCUCUGUUCCUCCUUUAAGAUGCAGAAGCUCAAAGUGAAGUGGCAAAUAUUGAAAGAUGUCACUUACAGUUAAGUAUGGCCAAUCCAGAGUAGUUUAUUCCCUUCAAUAAAGCAAACCAUGCUCCUGGAAUGACAUUAGAAAUAGCAUUAUUUACAUUCUACCUGUUCAGUAGUAGCUGUUUUCUGACCUACCUUUAGCAGAUUACUAACUACUUCAUUGUACCACUUCAGCCUCCCAAUGUUUUGUCUGAAUGAAGCAGAAGAGAACCAGACAAAAUCUUGCAUAACACAAGAGUUGGAAGCAAAUGUUUCAGUCUAACCAUCUUUUCCAGUUUUACCUGCACUCCACCUACAGAUAGCCAUAGAAUUUUCUUUUCAUUCCCAGGCAAUGAGGCCUAGGAAAAGUCUAAGUUAGAAAGAUUAACAAUGUAUCACCAUAGGUGCUUUGAGUCCUUCAUAUCUUGAGGCUGGUAGCUCUUGCCAUGUACAAGGAACCCAUCCUGGGACUAGGGGACUUGGUAAUGAGACAUUGCUACACAGUUUUGCUAGCUUUCACUCCAGAGUCAGAAAAUUAGGGCUGCAGCUCUCCCCACACAAGAACCUGGGUUCCAGCCCUAGCACCAAAACAAGAAGAGAGAGAGAAAAGCCAAAGCCAGAAAACAAUCCAAGCCUUAUAGUUAUCCAAUAGCUCAGGACCAAUUGGCUAGAAAUUUCGUUCCUCCUUCAGUUCAUAAUCAUUUAGACUCAGUCUGACAAUCUGAUUAGCCUUUCCAUUGAUAUAAAAUAGAAUAUAUAUACACACACUAUAUAUAUAUGUAUACAAUAUAUAUAAUAUGUAUAUUGUAUAUAUAUAUAUAUGUAUUUGUACAUAGCAACUUCAAACUGCAGCCUUAUCACGAGCAUAAUUUUAUGUUGUCAUUUCAUUACAAAGCUGUAAGCCACAUAAAAUUUUUUCAUAAGGUCAAUAGAGAGAUGAAACAUUUUUGCAUGAGUGUAUGUGCAUGGGACCAGGGAUGGAACCCAGGACCUUGCAUUUGGUAGACAUGUGCUCUACCACUGAGAUAAGAUUUUUAAGUCAGAAAGAAUCAUUUGUAAAACAUUAGAAAGAUCCCAAAGCAUCACAAAAGAACUUCAAGGAAUUGGUGCCAUUGAUGUGCAUGCUGUGUCAUACUCUUUAAAGCUAAAACACAGUGCCUGUUUAAAUAGGCAAAAGAAGUUACAAAAUGAAAUGUAAACAAUGUGUUUAACUGAGGCCACAAAAAUGACCUCUAUUAGGAUAUAGGCUGAUCAAUUCCAUUCCCAGCCUCUCUAUUUGUUCUGAACUGUAAGGAAAUUAAUACUCAAAAGUGGAUUCUCCCUGAGAACUUUUGUGCAUACGUAGAAACCAUCCUCAAUUUUGUUAUACCUGAAAGGAAAAAAAUAUAUCACUCCAAACUUAGCACUCUUUGCAGAUAUUGAAAGAAUUCUCACUAGUCACCUUCUACAUCAUACUAUUUUUUUAAAUACCUCUGUAAUAAGACACAAAAAGCCUACUACUAAGUAGACUCUUUUCCUCCCAACACACAACCUAAAGAUAGAACUGUCAUAGAACUGCAUGGUUUUGAAACUUUAUUCAUUAUGCAAAUACUAUUUGUGGACGAUAGAAACCAAAUUAUUUUGCUGCUGUGUCUUUUUUGUCUUAGUAGUUGAGAGAAUGAUAUACCACUAUUGUAUCAUUUCUGUUUCCUUUUUUAUUAUGGUUGCUGAUUUAAUUAUUAGAAAAUGAGCCAAUUGUUACCAUGUUUCAAAUCAUAGCCAUUUAAAAUAAGUAGGUUUUGGAGGAAAUGGAGCAUGUUUGUUUUGAGGAGGUCUCUCUUUGUAUUGCCUGGGCUAGUCUUGAACUCAUGAGCUCAAGCAAGCUAAUCCUCUCACCUGAAGUAAGUGGUAGAUUGUGCCCAUCUAUAAAUUAAUUUUUUAAUUAAAGUUACAUUAAGUGUAAACAUUUCAAGGGUGAACUUUAUGCAAUCAUCUAACAACAAUUUCGAAUGUAGAAAAUGGCAGUUUAAAAAUACCUAAAGUUGGUCUGGAAGAAUAGCUCAGUGGUAGAGUACCUACCUAGCAAGUGUGAGGUCCUGAAUUCAAAUUGUUCAAUGGAAAAAAAGAACAAACAAAAAUACCUAAAAUUAGAAAAUAAUUACCCUGUUACAAUAUAUAUUUGAAGAAUCGAAAUACUUAAAAAUAAAAACUAUGCUCAUAAUAUUUUGCCUUCAAAAUGCAAUAGCUCAUUCCCUCAACUGCAGAUCAUUGCCUUUUUGUUUUUUGCUGUUGUAGUGUUAUAGUGCUUGUUUAUGUUUAUGUUUAGAAAUAUGCAUCAUGUAACCCAUUUUAGUAUGCUACUUCUUUAUUUUUUGUUCUUUUAAUAAAGUGUGAAAAUUCCUUG